AUGCUGCGAUUCGGCUGCUCCCAGGUCGUCAUCGAGCGUCUCGACCCCCUUGUAAACCCUGAUAUGAGCCCGUCUUCGCACAUGCACCAGGUGGUUGGAGGGAACGCGUUUAAUGCUUCGAUGCCGGUGACGGAUAUCGCCAAACUUGCUUCGUGCACUACAUGCCACUUCGAUCAGGACUUCUCUAAUUACUGGACGGCGAAUCUCUACUUCAGGGCCCGGAACGGCACCUACAAACGCGUCCCGCAGAUGGCAAACCAAUUCAACGAUGGCGACAACGCUGGAAUUACCAUAUACUACACUUCGCCGAACCGGAAUGCAACGACCGCCUUCAAGCCGGGCUUCCGCAUGCUUACCGGCGACGCGAUGAGACGCACGUCUGAGAAUUUGGGGAAGAACAUGCAGCAGUGUUAUCGCUGCUUCUCGGAGCCCAAUUUUGGUGGCAGCAUGUAUCCUCCAUGUCUCGACCCCAAGUGGGAUACCGACUAUUUCCCCAAGCAACCAUGCCUUGGAGGUAUCCGGUCUAACAUCAUCUUCCCAUUGUGCUGGGACGGAAAGAACCUCGAUAGCCCGAGCCACCGCGAUCACGUCACUCACCCGACUGGCGGGCCACCCUCUUUCUCUGUCGUCAACGGCACGUGUCCCGCCAGUCAUCCCGUGAAAAUCCCGCAGGUCAUGUUAGAGGUUAUGUGGAAUACCACCGCUUUCAAUAACAAGGACGACUGGCCGAAGGAUGGUAGCCAGCCAUUCGUUCUCUCAACUGGAGACAAGACUGGUUUCGGCCAGCACGGCGACUACGUCUUUGGCUGGAAGGAUGAUACGCUCCAGACCGCUAUGGACAGUGGUUGCUACCUCCGCAACUGCACGCAGCUUACGUCGCAGACGCCCAAGGUCAAGAACCAGUGUAACGUUCCAGUCACUGUUAACGAGAAUAUUGAUGGAUGGAUGAAUGAGCUUCCGGGAGGCGAUUGGGCUUGA